AUGUCCGAUAUCACAUUAAAGGAAGAAGGGAAUGUUUUGGAUAUCAACCUGCGGGAUAUCGAGAAGACUCUUGAGAACGAAUCCCCGGCCGACACCCACUCGUUCACCACGACACUUUCUGGGAGAAGGAGCGACGACUACAGCGUCUUUGAUCCCAAUUAUGACUCGGACUUGGACAAUCUCGAGGACGAUUCGCCGUACCCCGAGGUGCGAUCGGCGGUGGCCAAUACGGACGACCCCGACAUGCCUGCGUCGACGCUGAGAGCCUGGAUCAUGGGCGUGCUAUGGGCAAUCAUCAUACCCGGCAUGAACCAGUUCUUUUAUUUUCGAUACCCUUCAGUGCUCAUAGGCGGGCUCGUCGCACAACUUCUUAUCUUCCCAGUGGGUCGGGCGUGGGUCCGGCUACUGCCAUGCGUCAAGAUUUUUGGAUAUGAACUCAAUCCCGGUCCAUUUACGAUCAAAGAACAUGUCUUGGUGACGAUCAUGGCAACAGUCGGGGCCCAGUCUGCCUACGCCACGGAUAUCAUCGCUGUUCAAAAGGUCUUCUAUGGUCAAGAAUGGAGCUUUGCCUACAAAUGGCUGCUGGUGAUGUCGACGCAGUUGAUUGGCUUUUCAAUAGGUGGAAUCGCUCGCAGAUUUUUGGUGACACCCCCGUCUAUGAUUUGGCCGAAUACCCUGGUGUCCUGUGCGCUUUUCAACACACUUCACUCCCAACAAUACGCCGGCAUCGGACAGCACGAUGGAAUCAGUCGAGAACGCUACUUUCUCUACGUCUUCGUGGGAGCUGCUCUCUGGUGCCUACUACCCGGAUACCUAUUCAAGGCGCUCAGUGUUUUUACCUGGGUCUGCUGGGCUGCCCCCGAUAACGUCAAAAUCAACCAAAUUUUUGGAUACCAUAGUGGUCUUGGAUUUUCGUUGCUCACCUUUGACUGGAGUCAAAUUGCCUACAUCGGUAGCCCGCUCGCCACGCCAUGGUGGGCCGAGGCCAACGUCAUGAUCGGCUUCUUCAUUUUCUAUUGGAUACUUACCCCAAUACUCUACUAUACCAAUGUCUGGCACAGCGAAUUUCUGCCUAUCUCAUCCAUCCAUGCUUUCGACAACACCGGAAAACGCUAUAAUCACACUAGGAUCAUCGACCAGAAUGCAACUCUGGACGUUGAAGCCUAUGAAAACUAUAGUCCACUCUACCUAUCAACCACUUUCGUCAUGUCAUACGGGCUCUCGUUUCUAUCAAUAACAUCUACCAUCACACAUGCUUUAAUCUAUUUCUGGAAGCCCAUACGGUUGCAGAUGCGCCGAUCGAUGCGGGAGCAGCCCGAUGUACAUGCUAGGCUCAUGUCCCAAUAUCCGCAAGUGCCUGACUGGUACUAUGCUUGUAUUUUUGUUAUCACCUUCACUUUUGCAUGUGUUUGUAUUCAAGUAUGGCCCACUGGGAUGACCAUCUGGGCUCUUGUAAUUGCACUUCUCAUCGCUCUCUUCUAUGUCAUUCCUAUUGGGAUGAUCCAAGCUAUCACGAAUCGCCAAGUUGGCUUGAAUGUGAUCACGGAACUCAUAGUCGGCUUCAUGCUUCCCGGCCGGCCAAACGCCAUGAUGAUAUUCAAGACAUAUGGUUAUGUUACGAUGUCUCAAGCUAUGCAAUUUACGGCUGAUUUCAAGCUCGGACACUAUAUGAAGGUUCCCCCGAGACCUAUGUUUUGGUGUCAGAUCAUCGCGACGGUUAUUGCGGGAACUGUUCAGCUGGGCGUUCAAGCUUGGAUGUUCAAUAACAUUCCGGAUAUCUGCACGUCGGGUCAGAAAGAUAGUUUUGUCUGUGCGUCGACGAACGUGUUUGGAACUGCCUCUGUUAUCUGGGGUUUGAUUGGGCCGGCUGAGCAUUUUGGGAAGGGGCAGAUUUAUCAUGUCCUCACCUAUUUCUUCCUCAUUGGCGCCGCGUGUCCUGUAUUACUCUGGCUAGUCACCAAACGAUACCCGCGGAGUAUCCUCAAUUAUCUCAACUUCCCCCUCAUAUUCACUGGAGUUGGCCAAAUUCCACCUGCGACUGCGGUCAAUUAUGUUCCUUGGGCGAUUGUUGGGUUUAUAUUCCAGUAUGUGAUCCGGCGGAAGCACUUUUCGUAUUGGACCAAAUAUAAUUAUGUUUUAUCGGCUGCACUCGAUGCUGGAACGGCUAUAGGAUUAAUUCUAAUAUACUUUUGCCUUCAAUACCCGAUGGGAGGAAACAUUGGGAAAAACACUAUCCAAACAUGGUGGGGAAAUCGGGUGUACAAGGAAACCUUGGAUUGGAAAAGUGCUCCUCUUCGACAGCUAUCUCAAGGAGACACCUUUGGACGCCCCCUCAACUCUGUUACGCGGCUGUUCGGACUAUAA